AUGCUUCCUGUCCGGCUGCUCCGGUGGCUCCGGCCGGGCCCUGCGGUCCGCUGUGUCGCCGGGCGGAGGCUCCAUAAGCGGGCCUCGCUGCAGAAGGUCGCCGCGCUGCCCCCGAAGAAGAUGCGAAGCUUGCUUUACCCGUUCAGCGAGCUGGAGACUUACCUGGACAGGUCUGUGGACCGGACGCAGUUCCAGCUCUUCCAUCCCAGUCUGGAGGACAUGAUGGAAGCAGAGAAGCUCUUCCACUCCUCACCGUCUCAUAAGAUCGAUUACCACAUCUCUGCAGAGAGGAUGGACCACGCACCGGCCCUCAAACAGCCAGAGGUGUGUUUUAUCGGCAGGAGCAACGUGGGCAAGUCGUCCCUCAUCAAAGCUCUGUUUUCUCUGACUCCUGAGGUGGAAGUCCGAGUCUCCAAAACUCCAGGUCACACCAAGAAGAUGAACUUCUUCAGAGUGGGCAAAGCCUUCACCAUCGUGGACAUGCCGGGCUACGGACACCGAGCACCCAAAGACUUCGUGGAUAUGGUGGAGCCGUACCUCUACACACGGAAAAACCUCGUGCGGACGUUCCUGUUGGUCGACGGCAGCGUCGGGCUGCAGAAGGCUGACCUGAUCGCCCUGGAGAUGUGUGAGGAGAUCAGAUGUCCGUAUGUGAUUGUGGUGACAAAGAUCGACAAAUGUGGGAGCGGCGUCCUGCUGACAAACUUGCUGAACCUUCAGGAUGUGGUGAAGACACAGACGACGAGCUGCUUCCCGCAGCCGUUUCUCAUCAGCUCGCUCCAUUUUUGGGGGGUUUACCUGCUGAGGUGCUUCAUCGCUCAUGUAACAGGCAGCAUCAGGUUGAAGGACACGUCACAGAGCUGAACCAGAAAAAAGCACAGAGACUCCUCUACAAAGACCUGCUUCAGAGGCUUUUAUUUUCUAAUAAAAUGUGAAACACUUCCUGGUUGCGCUGCCCCCCCCAGAGGGGGGAUGAGGUAUUGUUUUUGGUAUGUAUGUCUGCCAACAAUAUUACAGCAAAACUGGAGCUGCCAUUCAUACCACAUUUGCACCAAAGAUGGCCAGUGACCCGUAGAUCACCUGAUUAACUCUUUGCUAUCAUUGGGUCAAGGUCAGAGGUCAAGUUCAAAAAGCACAAUACAAUGAUGUCACGCAGGAUGUUCAAAUUCACACCACAGAUGCAUCUACUAAAAAUCUUGGAUGAGUUUGAAUCUCGGCAACCUUGAGCUAAAGGUCAGAGGUCACUGUGCCUUAAAAGUGAAAUCCUGGUGCUGGAUUUGUUACUUUAAUGAAUAACCUGUACAGGUCGCCAGCCUGUCGCAGGGCCAACACAGAAAGACAGACAACCUUUCACACUUGUACCUAUGGGCAAUUUAGAGUUUCCAGUUAACCCCAGUAAGCGCAGGUCUGUGGGAGGAAGCCCACGCAGACACGGGGAGAACACGCAAACUCCACACAGAGAGAGGCCUGUGCCAAGGGGGAAUCGAACCCAGGUCUUAUUCUGUGAGGCAGCAGUGCUAAUCACCGUGCUGCCCAAACUAACAACAAAGACAAAACUGGAUACAUUUACAAAACUAACUACAUUGACCUAAAGCUGCAUUCAUAAAGAGUCUUUUUGAUCUGAACUUUGAAACAUUUCACCUUUUAAAAUCCCUGAAUUAUAAUAAUGAAAACACUGAAACUAACGAGAACAGCUGAACAUUUUCAAACAAAAACUAACCUGAAGCAAACAAACCUAAUGAUUGUUCAUGGAAGAUUUACAUUCCUUUUUAUUUUGUUAGGGCGGCGUGGUGGCUAGCACUGCUGCCUCACAGCUAGAAGGUCUGGGUUUGAAUCCGAGUUCUCUGAUAUGCAGUUAGGUUAAUGAGAGCCCUGCAUGUGCUCGUGCAUAGAAAGGCUCUGGAUUGUGUAAGGAAAUAUUUGGUUAAAUAUUGAGCACACACUGUGUUACAUUUCCAGCAUGUAACCAUGACUCAGAGCUGUGAAAUAGCUGCACACAGUUUUAAACACAUUAUUGACAGGAUUUCAUUGUUAAUGCAGACAUUAAAAAAGGAAAACUCCUGAUGGCUCCACCCACAGUCCAAUAUAAGUCAUUGAAAGAGCUUCAGCAUACUGUACUAAACCUUAGUACAGUACAUGAUUAUCCACUAUAAAACAAUGAGUGGCAGCCGUUAAGAUAAAGCCGGACAUAAACCUGUUAAAGGUUUUCCAGUUAAAGCACGCAGUGUAAAAGCUCAGCUCUAUUUUUAGCUGUUGGAGAAAAUUAAAAACCUGCUAAAAAUAAAAAUCUCAGGGUGCACUGAUCUCUGUUACACCUGCCUUCAUAUACUUAUUUUACCAGGAAAUCUCUUUUCUAACAGAGGCCUGGCAGCCAUAUAAUACCUGAAGGUCUUAAACUACCUGUGCCUGUCGACUGUCGUUACAGUUUUGGUAUGAUGUGGGGGAAACAAAGUCAAACCAAACCACGUCCAGAUUGGAGGAACACAGCAGAUACAGUCUGAGCCUCUAAAGGAACAAUUCAGGGUCUGAAUCUUGGAUUUAAUCUCUGAAAAACUGCUGCAAAAUUUAAGCCCCCACAAAAAGCUGCUGUGAUAAUGAGUAUAAGGAGCUGUGUAAUAAGCAUGAGCAUCAGUUCCUUUCCAGCAGAAAGGUCCCAUAAGAAACGAAAGGACGAGUUUUGAGACAAACAUGAAAUCAGAAUGAAAAGCAGCCAAAACCGUCUGUUUGUAUCAAACGGCCACGAUGGAAACGAAAGUUUACAAACAUUAAGGAACCUCAGUUUUUUCAAACAAUGCUGAAGAGAUAAUAGCACAGAAAAAUAAAAAUUACUCAACCAAAUGUUACAGGCUGAAUGAGACGAAUCAUGUAUGAGAGAAACUGCAUUCAUUUAAAGACCAAACAUCAGGACUUUGAAAGGUUCGAGGACCCGUUCAUGGAUCAUUUUCUGAUUGCCGUGUUUGAUGUUUUCUCUGGAGUGGAUUUUAUUCCUUUUGAGAACAGGAGUUCAGUCUCUUUAUUUCCAGUUGGUUUGGUUUCUUCAACAAUGCUGUUUGUUUUAUUUUUUUUUAACAUUUUUAACAUUACUGUUUAGAAUAUAUGAAUAUAUUCUCAUGAGAAAUAUGCAUAAGUUUGAGCUCUAAUGAAAUCAAAUGCAGUGUUUUUUUUCCAUGAAUUUCCAUAUGCACCAUUUUCUAACGUUAAACCUGUUAAAGCAUCAUGAGUUACACUGUCAGGUAUGAAGCUGCCGUGGAACCAGCUCAUGGAGCAAAGACAAAGAUCCUGUUCUGCUACAGACAGAGACAGAAAACUAUGCCUCAGGGUUCAGUGGGGAUUUUGUUUUUAAGUUAAAAUUUAACACCAUUAAUAGAUUACUCUCCAGCCCCUGUGCUCAGUCUGCAGACCGUCCUCCGGUAUAGCAGCACCCGCAGAGGUCGGUGCUUUGGCUGGAGCCUGCAGCCGAGCUGGAGUCAGAACAGCUGCUGGUAGGAACAUUUCUAACAUGGAGACUAAAAGCUGCAGCUAUGCUUGAGUUUUACUGCAGGAAGGAAGGGUUUGAAUGGAAAAUGCAUCAUGUUGUUGUGAUGUGAGUAGAGUGAUCACGCUGCAUUUCCUGUGACUGAAAUAUGUUCAGGUAAGAGCAGGGCUGUCUUAGAUUGGCAUUUCUUACAUGCAACGUGUGCAAAUAGAUAAGCCCUUGUGCGUAUUAUCAAUGCUUAUUAAGAUAUUAAAAACUUUGAUGUCAUUAAAAGC